AUGACACUUUUCAACAUGAUAAGCGAGCUCAAACCUAGAAACAUGCACUGGGGAUUGCGGGUUCGCUUAGUUCAAUUGUACUCUGUCCCUCUAUACUGGGGAUUGCGUGUUCGCUUAGUUCGGUUGUACUCUGUCCCUAUGUACAAUGACAAGUCAAAGAUUUCAACUUUGGAGUGUGUUUUCAAUAACAGAACUUUAAGGGGAUCGUAUUCACGCCGCGGUGAAUUACGAACAAGUUUCUACUUUCCUCACUAUUUUGCAAGAAAAUAUGCUUUAAAAACUAGGACAUUCAUUAUUGCUGAAAAUAAAAUGACCUACAAAACAACCACUGCUCCCUACCGAAUUUUCUUUGUCCCGAGAUCCAAUAUCUCUGAGUUCAAGGAUGAUAGCUUCCCUACAAUGAUCUAUGACUUUAUACCUUUUCAAAGACUUGUUGACGAAACCGUACUCAUUAAUAUAAUAUUUUACACAAAGUCUUAUAUAUUGUUGGUUAUUGCAUUUACUAAUGAAAACUUAAAACCAGAUGUUAUUGGACGCCUUGCUGUGAGAUACCCACCCCGCGAGGUUGAUUAUGGCGGACUACAAACAAUCCUGAUGGAAAUACUUUUGGAGGAUCAUGAGGGAAACACAAUGUCUUGCACGCUGUGGGGUUCAACAUUCAAGGGAGAGUUGAGAUAUGAACAUUCUGCUACAUUAGCAGAGGAACUUGAAAGCCCAAAGUCAGUUUUUAAGACUACAGACCAACUCCAUGCAACUGAAGAAUUAAUUAAUGUUAGGCCGGGAGCUACUGGGUCUGUGCGAGAAACAUUCAGUUUGAUUGUGGUCGACAAUGGAGUUACAUCGCAUACAACCGACUUGAUUGGAAAAACAGCGAAUAAUUUGAAAUCAAAAGCGGAUUAUGAAGCAGAAGCUAACGUUGUUCCUAAGGAAAUUUUGAAGUUGGCAACGGCUGAUCCAGAACUUUUGGACAAGUACUAUGGUGGACCACAAGAAAGUGGGAAUUCAGACCUUUUAUCCAAACUGAAGAGUGUGAUUUUCAGCCCAAUGAGUGAGUACUCCAAUGAAAAAGUGAAUACAACUUCAACUUCUAUAGACGAGGCGAAGCUUUCAAGU